AUACUCGCAAACCUUAAUCAUUUUCAUACAUUGUGCCGUCUCUGAUUACUCCCCUUUGCGCUUAUGUGCAUACUAGCAGCCUACCAAUUAUUUCUUUCUCGCAGUGUAGAAAAUUUGCUGCAUAACAGAAUCAUGAUUGCUAUAAUUAUCACGCUUGUUCUCGCCGUAACAGAAACCUCUGCAUCUGUUUUCAACAACGUUAGCUGCACGAGCAACCAAACUUUCACUCCAAACACCACCUUUAACACCAACCUCAACAUCCUUCUCUCUUCCCUUUCCUCCAACGUCACCAACAAUGUUAGAUUCUUCAACGCUACAACAGGGACAGAAGAUUCGGACGCCGUCUACGGUCUCUACAUGUGCCGUGGAGACGUGCCAUUUGCUUUGUGCAGAGAGUGUGUGGGUUUCGCAACGCGAACAAUAGCCGCAUCGUGUCCCACAUCAAAAGAAGCUGUGAUUUGGUACAACGAGUGCUUGUUGCGUUACUCCUAUAGAUUGUUCUUCUCUAAAAUGGAAGAGUGGCCAAGGUACCAGAUCAAUAUCCCCUUGGGGGACCCUGUGCUCUUGCACAGUCGUGGCUUCUACACCGCAUUAGGAUCCAUUUUCAGUGAACUACCUAACCAAGCAGCACUGGCUCUCGGUGGGUUUAAUGGAUUUGCUGUUAAGCAAGAAAACGCUUCCUCCAGCGUGACACUGUACGCCCUCGCUCAGUGCACGCCGGACUUGUCCUCCCGCGACUGUGAACGGUGUGUCUCCGAUGCGGCGGCGGAACUCCCCAAGUUCUGUUGCGGAGGUAGCAUAGGGGCAAGUGUUCUGUUUCCUAGUUGUAUUGUUCGGUAUGAAACAUAUCCCUUUUAUCAGCAUUCGGAACAGGCAAUGAUCAAGGGUGGAAGAAAUAUUCGAACUGAAGUGAUUGCGGUCGCUGUUGUCUUGGUUGUCGCUUUGGCGAUGCUAUUUUGCUUUGGCUACUGCUUCUUCCAAAUGAAAGCGAGAAAGAAACGCAAGGCCAGUGUCAGAGAACACUUUGGGCCUGAAAUCAUCACCCUGGAGUCCUUGCAAUUUGAUUUGGCUACAAUUGAAGGAGCCACAAAUAAUUUUACUGAAGGCCGCAGGAUUGGCAAAGGAGGUUAUGGAGAAGUCUACAAGGGAAUCCUUCCUGACGGAGAAGAAAUAGCUGUAAAGAGACUGUCAACAAAUUCUAAGCAAGGAGAGGAGGAAUUCAAAAACGAAGUGUUGUUAAUAGCUAAACUUCAACAUAAAAAUUUGGUGAGAUUAAUAGGAUUCUGCCAAGAAGACCAAGAAAAAAUACUGAUUUAUGAAUACGUGCCUAACAAGAGCCUUGAUCACUUCUUAUUCAAUCCCCAAAGACGUUUAACUUGGUCCGAACGGUAUAAAAUCAUCAAAGGAAUUGCACGAGGAAUUCUUUAUCUUCAUGAAGAUUCUCGUCUCAAGAUAAUACACCGUGAUAUCAAACCAAGCAAUGUUCUGUUAGAUAACAGCAUGAAUCCAAAAAUCUCUGAUUUUGGCAUGGCAAGGAUGGUAUCUACAGAUCAAAUUCAAGGAUGUACGAAUAGAGUUGUGGGCACAUAUGGUUAUAUGUCUCCUGAAUAUGCAAUGCAUGGAAAAUUUUCAGAGAAGUCUGAUGUAUUCAGUUUUGGAGUUAUGGUUCUUGAAAUUAUUAGCGGGAAGAAGAAUUCUUGUUCUUUUGAAUCUUGUCGUGUUGAUGACCUCUUGAGUUAUGCAUGGAAUGAAUGGAGGAAUGAAUCACCAUUUCAAUUGGUGGACCCAAUUCUGCAAGAAUCUUAUUAUCCAAACGAGGUUGAAAAGUGUAUGCAGAUUGGUUUAUUGUGUGUGCAAGAAAAUCCAGAUGACAGGCCUACAAUGGGAACCAUUGUUUCAUAUCUUAACAACCCUUCAGUUGAAAUGCCAUUCCCGCUUGAACCAGCAUUUUUCAUGCAUGGCAGAAAGAGAAGACAGUCAGCUGAUCAUGCAUCAGUUUCAGGUCACUCCACUAAUCAUUCUUUCUCGUCCUCUGUAAAUAAGAUGUCUACGACUAAUUUCUUCCCUCGAUAGUGUUGUUAUAUGGUAUCUCAAGAAAAGUGAUUAUAUGUAUAUAUUUCAACUGAUAUCUUUACGUAAGUUUCUCU